AAUAGACGAUUUAAAUUCAAAUCAUAUUGCAGGACGAAAAUUCCAACACUAUAGCAUAGAAGUAUUGGUUAUUCUUAGAGCUAUAACAUAGCGAUGGUUAGGCAGAGGAAAAUUCAUAGUGACAGUUAUAUAUCAAUACGUGGAUGUUAUGCCCACAGCAGUGGAUACUGGAAUAUGUGAAGUGUUUAAAUCGUCAUUUGUUGUAUAAAUAAAUAUUGUGUUAUUUUAAAACGAUUUGAACAGUGUCACAUUUCUGUUGAAAUAUUAUUAGUGUGUUAUUGUAUAUAUAAAUUAUUCGCAGGAUAAAAAGAACAUGGCGUUGGAUUUAUUUUGUGUUAGAGUAAUUACACAAGGAAUUUGUUUUACUUUUAAAAGCAGCGCAACAUUCCAUUUUUUAUUUAUUAAUAUUCUUCUUUUGUCUCAUUUGCCACAUAUUGUUAUGGAAACAAAACCUGACAUACUGCAAUCUGAAAAUAUGACAGAUUUAUCUGGUAAAAUGCAGACUUGGAAAAUAUCCAACAUGCCGUAUGAGCAGCUAAAACAAUUCCAGGAUCUUUUAGAAAUUAUGGAAAAACUAGAUGUGCUCAAUUUAAAAGGCAACAAAACGGGAUGCUUUUAUCUAGAAAAAGUAGUUAGAGAUGUCACAUUCCCUGAAAAGUCUUAUCCAAGGAUUGGAAUUCAUUUUUAUUUUGACGAAGCACAAAUUAUUUCUGACAGCUCGUCGUCAAAGAUUGUACAGGAUAAGAAUAUUGUUUCAGAACAUUUCAGUACGGCAAAUGGACACCUUAAGACAGGGGAUUGCAAGUCAAAUCCUCUGCUUCCAGAUACAAAUGGUUUAGACAGGUUGUCAAGGAAACAAGACGAUAAAAAUCAGAACCUUACAAACGAUAACACUUCAAACAACAACUUGACAGGUUCUUCUGGAGCAAAACAAAUGGUAGAGGAGAACACAAGCCAGAACGACAGACAUCGCGGUUUGAGCCGUACACAAGUAAUUGUCAUAGCAACGUGUUCAGCCGUUAUUGGGACAUUUUUCAUCAUUGCUGGUGCUAUGAGAAUAAACAGCUGUAUGAAGCGGUAUCGAGCCAACAGAGAAGCGGCACUUGUCAUAGCCAGACGAACAAGUGCUUUCGGCUUUGGAGGGUCAGGCAAUUUGAGACGCGACAGUGCUUCAAGUAAAGCUAGCAGGCAGCAAAGCCACCCAACAUCCAAGAAUGGAAGUGAUAUACAAAUAGAUAGAAAUGGUAGAUCACAACCUCCUAUUUCUCACAAUUCACCACAGCACAGUAGCGACCACAAUCCACUACUUCCAGUACAUUUAGUGGGCCAGUUUUCAGAUGGGAACAGUUCGCACGGAUCGCUUGCCUACAUAGAUGAGGAGUCACAUAGCAGGUCAAAGCAGAACAAUAAUACUUCCGGAUCUGAAUUCGGGUCGGAGGAUGACCCUUUACUGCGCAAGUCCCCAGACUCUGGAAGUUCAAUCGACAUCUGUAUGGAAGCUGAUGACAAAGUCAAUGUCAAGGAAGAGCAUAUGAAAUUAAGUAGUGAGACUUUAAAGGAUAGUAAUUGCACAUCACCAGAUGGUCUACGGACUACACCAGAACGAAAAGAAGUGUUUGAACCAGGCGGUGAUACAGAUUCCGAAAUAAACAUCAACAUGCCGGUUGAAACACAUGAAAAAGAAACAUGUAAUUACACAAUAAACGAAAAUGAAAUCUCUAAUUCUGAAGAUAAUGUGAAGGAAGAAAACAAUGCAAACACUAAUACUGAACUUAUUAAUUCAGCCAACGGUUAUGCACCUGAACGUCACGAUGAAGACAAAAAAGAAGAAUCCAUAUUAACAAAGGAAUCAGAACCAGCGAAAGAAUUAGAAAAUAUGAGUAAAACUGAGGAUUCCAUUCCAGGUAGAAUAGAUACAUGUCCUCGCAAGCAGUUUUCUGUGGAUUAUUUCGAUGUAGAUGACAAUGGAAUUGAAAUCCAAAACCCUAUAUUCGAAGAAAUGGACGAUGCUGAACCAUAUGGGCAUUUAUCUGAGAAUCAAGUGGUAACAACAGGCCUCACGCAGUCAGAUAGUAGUUUAUCAAACAAUCCAUCUUACUCAUAUGGUAACCAAGCAGAGUACAGUUAUGUAGGUGGUUAUGGACAAGCUGGAUAUUUUUGCCCUUAUCUGUCAAACACGGAUAAUAACAUUAAAUGUUUGGAUUCUAGUUUUAUUCAUAACUCUCUCAGGAACUCUGCAUUUCUCUCAGCAGAAACCUUAAGACGAGAAAAUGGUGAACUUCAAAACGAAAGUUUCGACGACUCGUCACUUAGCGGAAAUAGCAGGAAAAGUAGUCUAAUAGAUGACAUUGAUAAAGCCAAGUAUCCGCGAAUGUACUCCACAGACAGCUAUUUUGCUGGUCGGUUGAAUAGAACUUCUCCAUUUGAGCGAACAUGUCCCGAAGACAUUGAAGAAACUGGCACAAAAAGCACGGACAUCACAACUAGCACACGUAAACCGCACAUUAUUCCAUUACAUGAGUAUCACAGAAAUAGUCUCAAAGGAACUAUUGAUAAAGAUGAUGGUGUGUAAAGUACUUUAUACAGAAUAAACAUUAGUCAUCAGAAAAAAAAGAGUAAUUUGCAUUUGCUGUGAUAUGACAAAGCACUGAAGCAUUAUAAUUUAAAAAGGCUUUAACUGGAAAUUAGGUCAGUAAAUAAUCAAGAGUGUUACUCUGAUAACUGGAAGUAUAAAAAAAUGCAUUAUUUUCAUCUAUUAUUGAUUACCAUUGCAUAUAUUUAAGACAGGUAAAUUAUUUUUACAUUGAUGAUAUAUGUAUGCUUUCUUCGUGAUUUGCUAAUUUAAAGUAAGUACAAACAUACCAACGACUUUUCUUGUGGACUUUGUUUAUUCUGCUAGUUUUCGUCAGCUACCCUGUAGAGUAUAAGUAAAAGUUUAAUGGUCGUUAUUUCAUGAGAAACAAUAUAGUCUUUCUCUCAAGAUUUGCAAAAGUCAUUGUGUUGUAUGUUGUAUGAGAUUUGCAGCCCGAAGUUCAUUGUACGACAACAGAGAAGCAGGUUUUGUUUUUCCGAUAUCAGUGUUGUUUUUAACAAAAUGCUAUUCGUUUAAGAAUAUUAAAAUAUUUCAUUGUUGUUGAUUUUUUACGGAACGGUAAUGGUGCAUAAGAGACACUUUUCCAAUAUCUCUUUAACACCGUUCAGUAGAAUUGUUUCCAUGAUCAAUCAUCUUUAAAAUCAUUUCUACGUGUUUUCAACUAAAUCGUGUCUUUGAAAUUGUAAUGGUCUCUAAACAAUAUUUAUCUGCCUGUUAUUUACUAAAUAAACAAUUUUGAAGUAAGUUUUAAUGUUUUAUAGAAGAAAUAGGUACAAGAUUUUGAAGGUUUUAUUUAAUUUCCAGUGUCUCCUUUAACAAUAACUAUUUCGGUUAUCUUACUAUCUGGGUUAUAGUGCAAUUUAUUUUGCUCCAAAGAAAAACAAUAUACAAUGAUCACUGUGGAACAAUAGAAAACGGUGGAUGAAACAAAACAAAACAUAAUUUUAAAUAUCAAAUAUGCAAUCCAACUUCCAAAAACGCAGACAACAAUGUAUGAAUGGAUAUGUACAUGAAUAACAUAAACAAAAGCAACAAAACAUAGACAAAGUCGAACAAAUAAAGAACGUAGACCAUACGAAUAACUCACUGAACACAGUUAGGCACCGCUUAGGAAUGGAGUCAGUGGCAAAACACUAUUGAUUUAAACCGGUUAAUGAUGCACAUCAAAACCACAGUCCUUUCUCGAUAACCGACUUUCGUAAAGUUCAGUCUAACCCGGCUGUUCUUACCACGUUUCGAGGUAUUCCUUUUGUGAUACAACCAAAAUGUAUGUUACGUACAUAACGAAAUUUGAAAUGUUACUCAAAUAUACCGGCUAUAUAGCGAGCGUUUAAAACAUUGUUUACAUUGUAUUCGUAUGUGUUUUUCGUAUGCUUCGUGUGCUAUCAUAUAUCGUGUAACGUUUCGUGUCAGAUUGUUCGUAUAUGAAAUAAGAAAUGCAUUCGUUUAGCAGAAAUAUUGUUCUGUGUGAGUACGAUAAAACAUUUUGCAUUUAAUAAGAUUGAAAUAGCAAAUAAAAUUCAUUUUACUGUAAUUCACAAAACAGUUUACAAAAAGUUAAUCCCAAAUUUUGGCACAUAUCCUUUAUUUUUAUUUGUCAGUGUAAUAUUAUAUAUAUACUCAGCAGAAGUUCUAACUCCACACCUACAAUUUUGGAUAUAUCUCGCUAACCUUUGGACAUAUUGCAACAAAAUUUGGACACUAUAUAGCUCAGAUAUUUAACAAGUGUAGUUUAUGAAACAUUUGAGUAAAAUGGCAAAUUCAUUGAAGCGUGAACAAUUUGAACAGUACAACCCCCAAAAUGAAAAGUCACACAAUCCGAGUUCUUAGUAUCUCGUGUGCACUCCGACAGCAUAAAUACCGGCUGUACACCUGGAACGUAUGAAUCGAAUAAACGGUUGGAUAGGCCCCUGUGGAAUAGCAUUCCGUGUUCUUACAACAGCAUUUUGUAGUUCACAGAGAUUGCGAAGAACAGGUCUCAGACUCCUGACUCUUCGCCCAAGUUCAUCCCACAGGUGUUCAAUGGGGUUCGAGUCAGGAGACUUUGAACACCACGGUAGCACUUGAAUGUUGUUUUCGUUUCAAUUAGUUUUCGAAUAUUAUUUCAUAUAAAACAUGUUGUUUAAGCGUGUACCUCUCGGUUUGAUAUGCCACUCUGGACCAUUCCGACGGCGCACCCUCUCUCAUCUAGCGUCAUCCAGUGUAUACUUGUGGAAACAGGAAACUUUUAUGUUUUUCACUGUGCACUGAUCACACAGAUUUCACAUACACAUAUUUGGACCGUGUAGAGCGACCGGUAGAUAUUUAAACAUGAAAAACAGGUAAUGCACGUGCACAGUUGAAAUCGAUAAAAGAGAGGUAUUUACUUAAAAUAAUAUCGUUUAUCUGCAGGACGACAGAUAAACGAUAUUAUUUUACAUAUAGAUAUAUUACCGGCUAUAGCAAGAACAAUAUUCAUAUUUCAAAAGUAUGGAGUUAGAAUUUUUGCCGAGUGUAUUCUACGAAUUGACCUCGGAAAGUAAAUGUGCCAUCUAUAAGAAUUACAUGUUGUUUUAACACGUAAAGGGUACAUUUGCAAUUGUUUUUUUUUGUUAAAAUUUAAUUUUGUUAAUAAAUGUAAGCGGAUCCGAUAUGCCAUAUCUGAUUGAUUUAACAGUUAUUUAUUCCUUCGUUUACGUUACUAAAGCGUUCCGUCUACUGUAUUUAACUAUACAUCUUAUCAAAUCGAUACAAAAACAACUCCUUUACACUCUAAUAUUCAUAUUUACUGCAUAUCAAAGCAUUUUACCCGAGCUUACAACAUGUCAAAGAACAUGCUAUAUAAUAUUUCAAAGUUCAAAUUAAAACAGACAGGCACACCCUCCUCUGUCAACACAUACAUGCAAUGCAAUUAAAGAAAUGUAAAAUCCAUAAUUCAAGACAAGCAUAUCCACAUCUGUCUCAUGAAUACUGUGAACAUAUUUGAAGUCCGCAAUUAAGUAUAGUCAUGCCGUCCUAUGUAUUACACAUGUACACAACCUCAUUUUCUACCGAAGCACCAUCCCUGUCUUGAUCAGCUUUACUUGUUCUCAUAAAUUGUAUCAAAUAAUAUAUAUUUCAGAUCGCUUUAUACUCGAGAGAUCAUUGCUUUUCAAACAAUUUGCAUCAGCAAGAAGACAGUUAUGAAGUAUUCCAUGAUCUUAACACUUCUUCUUAUAAUUCAUUAAGCCAUUAAGCAUUUUAUCGUUAACUACUUCUUUCGAUAAUUUACGAUUUCCGUAUAUGUCACUUAAGAGAAAUUUGUAGAGUUCUUCUUUCAUAUCGAUCAUUUAUAAACUUGUCACUAUAAAAAUCAUUGAUCAAAGUUCUGUUUGUACUGGCUGGUUAAAUAUGUGUACACAAACAUAAAGCAAACUUAAAAUAAUUCACUGUCCUCCUUGCCCAAUGAAUCACUAAGUGUCCAAUCUUUUCCAGUUUUCAAAUUUAAACCAGUCCGGUAUGUCUUCAUUGCGGUCCCACCUUGCAUCUUGAAGUACUUCUGGGAUGAAAGCCACCUUGUCAACAGAUAUCGGAGGAAACUUUUCUGUUUCUGAAAAAUUACAUGUAAGAACAGAAUUUUCAUUAGUUAUUUAUAGCAUCUUAAAAUAAUAUUAAAUGAAAUAUAUGGUAUACCAUCUCCGUAAUAUAAAUAAAUCAUCUACUACGUCAUAUUCAAGACAAAUAUAAAAAUUUCUAUCUCGCUGUCCCGUUGAUAAAUUCAAUAUAUCCAUGAUUAAGUACCGUGGUAACCAAUCACUGUAGCCUUAGAGCUUCUAUUCUAAAUCGUAAGUCCUCUUUUCAAAUACCACAUAGUAAUUAGCACAUGUUACAUCACUGAUAAAUUCAUUUUCAGAGCAUAAUAAAGCUAAGCUAAAAUCUUGCAGUUCUCCAGCAAGGAUC